GGUUCUAUUAAAGAGGUGUAUUUUCUACAACACACAUUAUUGUGUACUUGUGCCUUCAGAGUGUUAGACGGCGGAAACUUCUUCUCUUUUGAUACAUUACUCUGUUAUCCACAAAGAUGAACGCAUCUAUCCUUUUACUGGUGGCAGUCAUCAUCGGGUCGACGACCGCGCAGUUCUAUGGAGUAGACCCUUACCGCCAAUAUGGAGGAGGAUAUAGACCAUACCGUCCACAAGGAGCCUACGGAGGCUAUCGUCCAUACCGACCGUCUGGUGCUUAUUACGGCGGCUACCCUGAUCAUCACCAUCAUCACCAUCCAGAACCUUACUACCAAGGAAGUUAUGUUCCUAAUCAGGGAGCUGGGUUUGGUAGUCCGGUCGCUCCAGCUUCAGGUGCUUCAGCCCCAGCUCCAGUGGCUCCGGCUGUAAAUCCCACAGGCGGAUGGGCUCCCGGCGCUGCCAAUGCUGGAGGUGCAGGUAAUGGUGCAGUACAAAACGGCCAAGCCGUUGGAACAGGUACUGGAAUCGCUAACGCUGGACCAGGUGGAUUUGGAAUUGGUUUGGGAAUUGGCCUGGCAGUUGCUACCCCAUUAGGAAAUCUUGCACUUGGAGAAGGAAACAGUGUUUCUGUUGGUAAAAAAUAGGCUAUGUGUCCCUUGUUUGAAACCAUUGCCUUGCUUGUUUAUAUGACACAAUCCAUUAAAAAAAGUCUUUAUGUCAAGUUAUUUACUCUUACGAUGAACUCCACGUACCGUUUCAGUACAACGUAAAAAAGUGAAGUUGUUGAACAAUAUACACUCUGAAAUCAG